UCAGUAGCUACAGCAUGUAAAGUCGCCAAGUUUACCCUUCCUUCCUAGUUCCUUCUCGCCAACAAACGAUACCCUCCAUCAACAAUCAACAUGUCAAGAGGUUACUGGAAGAAGUUCCUGAUAGAUGCUGGUAUCCCGGUGAAAGCAGCUGAUAGUUACACUUCCUCCUUUGUUGAUAACCGCAUCUCUGAGAGCAUGGUUCCUGAUCUUAGCAAGAGUGUGCUGAUAGAUCUGGGGAUUACAAUUAUCGGCGAUGUAAUAGCAAUCCUGAAACACGCUAUACAUGUGACGGAGGAGGCUAGUGCUGAGAGAAAGGAGAGAAACUCAAAGAAACAGAAACCUGAGAAAAGAAGACCCAGUUCUGAGAGGAAAAGUAAAAAAGUUGAGCCAGAAAAGAAAGCAGAGACUAUCCCAGCUCCUCUAAAGAAAACUGAAGAAAAACAAGCUGCGAAGAUUUAA